CCUAUAGUCUUGACGCAGUGUUUGUUGUGACAGUAAUAGAAGAAGCUCUCAGUGCACCGGCUGCACUGUUGCAUGCACGUCGAGUAGUUAAUUAUUUUACCGCAUUCAACUGCAGUUCCCCCUCCACACACAUUCACACACACUCACGGCGGAAAAAAGAAACAACCUUCACGCGAACAACACCUGUGCUUUGUGGAAUACUUGAGCUUUUUUCUUCCUUUGCCUACGUGAAACGGGAAUAUCAUCUGAAAGGACUGUGGAAAUGAAAUUUGGAUGGGGACAACGGAGUUGCUCCGCGAAAGCUUUCGGCGGGGAUAGAGAGGAGAAAUGCAACCUGGAAUGAAAGCAAUCUAAACCCGUCGACGGCGAUAUCUGUGGACAUUUCCAUCACUUGCCCUGUAUAUGGACUGUUUUUUUUUUUUUUCUUUUCUUUUUUCUUUUUUUUCUGCGAGAACGAGCGAGCGAGCGAGCAAGCAGUCCCUCAUCCGAUGGAUUUUUGCCUUCGCAGCUCAGCAGAGGGUGUUAGAUCUGCUAGUGAACACCGGGCUGAAAAGUCCAGAAUCUCUUAGCGACCGUCUUUGUGAUGCAGAUGCGUUGAACGAAGUCGUCGGAAUCCGAGAAAGGAUGCUAAAGAUGUAAAUAUCUCGGAUUAAUCUUACUGCGAUGCAUUGAGAUGUACUCGGUGUGAUUUCAGCACCACGGGAGAAAGAACAGCUCCCGCGCCGUGGGUAUGUGAGAAAAGCACAAGGUCAGUGAUUUGCUAGCCCGAAAAGCCAAAUAAUUAAGUUGAAGAUGUCCUACUGUACGCUUUAAGAUUGUUUUGAGAGCAUGCGAUGGGGAGGUGAUGAAAAAAGGCUUUCCUGCUGUCGAUUUUUCUCAAUCUGGACAUAGCGAGCUGAGCAUGGAUAUAAUCACAGAGUGUCCUCUGCUUUUUUAGACUGGAGAUUUAUCUCAUUUCUCACCCGCUUGCUGAUUGUAUUCAUGUCUUGAUGUCGGGGAUGAUUGUGUCAUAUUGAAAAUGCUGCUUUGGAUUGUGUUGCUGAAGGCGGCUCUUUGUGUAGCUAUCGGGAAUGUUACAAGGGACGUCUGUAAGGAGCAGGUCUGCUCCUGCAACGCAAUAGAAGGCGAUUUGCACAUUGACUGUGAAAAAAGGAGCCUCACGAACCUUCACCAUUUGACAGGUCCGAGCUCCCAGUUUUACCAUCUUCUGCUACAUGGGAAUUCUUUGUCCAGACUGUUCCCCAACGAGUUCGCUAACUUUUACAAUGCAGUGAGCUUGCAUUUGGAGAACAAUGGCUUGCACGACAUUGUGCCCGGUGCAUUCCUGGGACUGCAGCUCGUGAAACGGCUGCACAUCAAUAACAACAAGAUCAGGUCUUUCAAAAAGAACACCUUUCUUGGUUUAGAUGACCUGGAGUACCUUCAAGCCGAUUUCAACCUUCUGAGGGACAUCGACCCGUCUGUGUUCAGGGACUUGAGUAAGCUCGAAGUUUUGAUCUUAAACGACAACCUUAUUAGCGCUCUUCCUAUCAACGUGUUUCAGAACGUGCCGAUCACGCACCUCGAUCUGAGAGGGAACCGAAUAAAAACGUUGCCUUACGAAGGGAUUCUAGAGCAGAUACCUGGCAUUGUGGAGGUUUUAUUGGAGGACAACCCAUGGGAUUGCAACUGCGACCUGGUUUCCCUAAAGGAAUGGCUAGAGAACAUCCCGCAGAAUGUGCUCAUUGGAAGGGUCAUUUGCGAGGCACCCACUCGGCUGCAAGGGAACGACCUGAACGAAACGGCCGAGACGGAGCUGUGCCCUUCAAAGAGCGGCAUGGAUUCCAGCCUGGUGGCGCCUCCCACCCAAGACGAGACUCUCGACCGCGGCCCCCGUCCCACACCCUCUAAAACGAGCGGGGUGACAGAGUCCCACAGCGGUGGGGGAGGGCAUAAAAAUGACCGUCCAAAAGCCAGGGAGAACUGGCAGCUGAAAACAAAACCCACGGCCAUGGCGACGGGUGCCGUUGAAAGGGAGCCACCAGCUAAUACAACGUGCCCUCAGUCUUGUGAUUGUAAGCUGAUAGGAACUAGACAGGGGCUUGGAGUUAACUGCGAGGGCAAGAAGAUGGAAAGCGUAGCUAAUCUCAAACCCAAACCCCUGACCGCGCACGAGUUAAAUCUGCGCGACAACAACAUUCACACCAUCAGAAGGAACCAGCUCAGAGGCUACCACAGCUUGAAUUUGCUCGAUUUGGGGGGGAAUAACAUCAAGAUGAUUGAAAACGGCACCUUCCAAAACCUGACAGAGUUAAGGUGGCUCUACAUGGACAAGAACUACUUGGACACGUUAAUGGCAGAGAUGUUCGCUGGACUUCAGAACCUGGAGUAUCUCAGUUUGGAAUAUAACGACAUCCAGCUCAUAAUGCCGGGCACUUUCAACCCGAUGCCCAACUUGAGGGUGCUCUUCCUCAACAACAACCUGCUCAAAGCUCUGCCCAUGGACGCAUUCUUGGGCGUUUCUUUGUCCAAAAUAAGCUUGCAUAACAAUUAUUUCACAUAUCUCCCUGUGCCAGGAGUCCUAGACCAGCUCAGCUCUAUCAUCCAGAUCGAUUUGCACGGGAACCCCUGGGAUUGCACGUGCAACAUCGUUCCCUUCAAACAGUGGACAGACAAGCUCGGAGCAGACGUCAUCGUGAGCGACCUCAAAUGUGAGUCACCCGAGCAGUUCUGGAAGAGGGAUUUCCGGCGGAUCAGGAACGAUCUGAUGUGCCCUCAACUCUACGAAAAGAUCUCCCCCACCUCGCUGUCCAAAAACAGCACUUACCCGGCAGACACGGGGACGCGGCCCAACUCCUACCUGGAGCCAAGCAGAGUGUCCAUUUCUGUGCUCGUGCCCGGUCUACUCUUGGUUUUCGUGACGUCUGCCUUCACUGUGGUGGGAAUGCUGGUCUUUAUCCUGCGCAAUCGAAAGAGAUCGAAGCGGAGAGAAGGCAACUCUUCUGCGUCAGAAAUCAAUUCCUUACAGACAGUAUGCGACUCGUCCUACUGGCACAGUGGAGCUUAUCAUGCAGAUGGGCCACACAGAGGUUACGACUGUGGAGCCCACUCUCUCUCUGACAAAUGAUGCUCACGGAGAAACGAGCGAUCAAACGGAUGAACUGCGUUUCGUAUGUUGCGGUGACAAUGGAGGGCGACACACAAACAUUAGACCUCAGACUCACCUCUGUGGGAAAAAAAUAGCCUAUUUUUGUUGCUUCGGUUGAGUAGAG